AUGUAUGAGAUUAACAUAGGAUUGAUGGUGCCACAUGGAACUGAUUUAAAACCUUUAAGAGGGAAAACACUCCCAUUAUUAGACCCAGAAGUAGCAGCACCUGAUCUGCUGAAAGAAGCCAUGCAGAAAAUGACGACAUUUAAUAAGGACAUGGAUGAAGGACCAUACGUCCUUUUGUGUCCUGACUGCUCAGAGGUGGUCCAUGUGCCUGGGACAGAAAGGAAAUUCAAACUGACUGAAUAUAAAAAGGAAAUUGGUAAGGCAUAUUCCAGGAUCACUUUUUUCCUUUGCCUAGAAACACACUUUAAAGGAGGUUUUGGAUGAUACCCAGAUUCUGAUUCCUCAGAUUCUGAAAUUGUGAUCACAUCCAGGAGCAUAGCUCAGUUCAAUCGGGCUGACACUGUGGUGUUUGAACCACAAAACCAAAGUACACCCAAACGCAAACCUGAAGAUGAAGGCGAGGAGAUGAACAUUACACUACCUGACAUUAUUGCCAACCUAUCACAUCCCAUUGAUCAUGAAAGAGUCAGCAGGUUCAACAUCUCAAGGGCUAAUGUUUGGGAUGGAGCAGUCAGAGGUUUCAAGCGCACAACAUACUCUGAAACCUGUGAUAUGCUGGUCAAAUUUACUGAUGAUGCUGGUGUAUUAGAAGAAGGAAUUUACAGAGGUGGUCCAAGGCGAGAGUUUUUAACUCUGCUAAUGAAACAUCUGAAAGACCGGCCCAUUUUUGAUGGACCAAAAGGAUUCACAGCUGUUAGGGAGGAUGAGUACUACCUGGCAGGAAAGAUGAUUGCGGUGUCAGUUGUACAUGGAGGUCCAGGACCCCAUUUCCUGUCAGAAGAUCUUGUACAUUAUCUUGGUGGCCGGCCUUCAUUUGAAGCAACAGUUAAUUCAAUAUCUGAUGAAGAAAUAGGGAAAGCUUUGCAAGAGAUUGAGAAUGCUGCUUCAGUUGAUGUUGUGCGAGAAUGUACCAUGAGACACAGCACAAUGUUACAGACAGCAGGUUGUCUGAGACAUGUAGCUACUGUUGAAGCAAAGAAAGAAAUUGUGUCUGACUAUCUCCACUGGUAUAUUAUUGACCGCGACUCAUCUGUAAUUGACAGAUUCAAAGAUGGUCUUUCAGCCCUUCAGUUUCUCACUGCACUACAGCAACACCCUGCUUUGCUGUCCCCUGUCCUGACCCACUCAGGAAAAGGGCUAACUACUCUUGAACUUGAGAGACUCUUCAAACCUGACCUCAGUCCACCAGGGAGUAACAGGAGACUUAAAGAAAGUGAAACUUUGGGCUACUGGGCGGAUUACCUCCUUGACUGUGAAGGUUUGUAA